AUGGUCAAUACAUGGCGGCGCGUCACAGGGAAUCCGCUCGAGGCAGGUCCCAUGACGCCGCCUGAGGUCUACCCCGGCAAGGCUUCGAUCGGGAACGUCCGAACGCCUGGGCAGCGGUACCCCAGCGGCGCCGCUGCGGCAACGCCUGUCGUUUUCCGGCAGCGGUCUCGGCGCGCCGCGGGGAGCGGGAGGGGCGCACGUCCUCGCGCCGCGUCUGGCGGCAUCAGGCAGUGCGGGCUGGAGGGGAGGGGGACGACAGGCGGGGAGACCAAGGAGGAGGAGGAGGGGGAGGAGGAGGAAACGGAUGCCCGAGCCGCGCUCCCCCCCCCCUCCGGCCGACGAAAAAACGGAGAAGCCACGGCCGGGCGGCCCCGCCCUCCGCGCGGGCCGGCCCCUUACCAUUCUGGCGCGUCCUGGGACGAAGAUGAGUCCCAGCAGGCAGCGCGAUAG